AUGCCAGAUAUAGCACGCAAUCGUAUCGAGAUUUGGCGUAGCGAAGUCGAGUCGCAAACAUCAUCGCAGUCGGGUAUGACAGGAGAUGUGGGGUGGAAUGCGCCGGUUGUGCAACCACCGAGCUUUUGGAGACGGAUAUUUGGGUUGGGGUAUGGUGGUAGUGGAAAUGGAAGUGGUGGCAGUGGAAGUGGUAACCAAAGCGGUAGUGGUAAGAAUGUGAGCAUAGCAAGGAAAAUUGGGCUGGUGAAAGGAGAGAUCGAGAGAACAGGGAUGUAUACUGUGAGGAGUAGGGAUAAGGAUGAGUCUGGCAAGGGAGGCGGUUUGGAGGGAAAGGGUGCAAAUGGGGACAGGAACGAAGGAAGUAGCAUGGGGCUUGAUGGUACUGAGGAAAGUGGGAGGGCUAGGUGGUUGAGAGAAAGGAAGAACAGGCUAGAGAGAGCAGCUAAGUUAUUGAGGAAGAAUGAAGGAACUGGGGAGAACGGACGAAGGAGUUAG